UCACGCCUCAGUCGCGUUUGGCAGACUCUCCGCGAGCGGAGGAUGUGCGUGACGGCUCUACACAACCGCUUCAGCCCGGCGUCUUGCUCUUUGGACUUUCCGCUUUUAGAAUAUUUUCAAGUGCCCCAACUGUGUAGAAGACGUUAGAAAUCACCUGAAAAACAUCAGCGGGUGAAAGUUAUAGCUGCAGGCUGUGAUCAUCAGAAAGUGCUGUCGUCUCCAGGAGAAUACCAGACACCCCCCAACUGCUGACAGCAAGACUGCUCAAGGUGAGAGUGUUACCAAUGGAGUGCCGGCUGACAUAUAAUCUGACGGUUGUCUUCACCCUGUUGUUCGUCCUCCUCUCCACAGGUUUAAGUGAAAAUGACCGGGACUUGGACUUUUGUGGGAUUUGGCACCAUGGCCACGGCUCCCUGCACCUCAAUGUCAACAUCUCCACAGGCUGCAGUGAGAUCUCCAUUUCAGCCAAUAAGAGCACUCUGUCCAUCAACGGGCAGAUCACGAGCCAGUGCAGGCGGCUUGAUGUUAUUCACCUCACCAAGCUGUUUGGACUUGAUUCAGCAGAGGAGACUAACUUCUGUCUGUACUGGGAGCCAUUACUGGACCAGCUGAAGCUGCAGGUCAGAGAAAAGAACUUGACUCUAUGCUGGCCUGCCAGCCUGCAGGACUCCUGCUGCACCGAUCUGUCUAAUGGCCCCAACACGCCUGAAGCACCCUACGGCAUCAAGAACGGAAUGGUCAAACGUGAUAUCAUCAACGACAAAAUAAUGACAGCCUACAAGUUCAGAGGAACGCCCAUCAGCUGCAGAUUAUUAUGUGAUCAAGCGAGCCAGGGAUCCACCCAAGUCAACAUGCAAAGAGGUGCUGCAGAGAUUGCUGAGCAUCACUGUGCUCACAGCUAUGAGGUGGAGAUGAAGCAGGAUUUCAGGGGCUACGAGGCGACAGCACCUCCCAGUGAGCAUGUAUCUGCGGAGUCCAGUGUCAUUGUCCAGAUCCCCCCUGCUGUAAAAGACGCUGCAAAAAACACCAGCAAAGUAGUCUGCACUUUCUUCAAAAACAAUUCCUUGUUCCAGGAGGGUCUCACAAAGGUCAGGAUUCUAAGUGAUGUCGUUGGAAUCACUGUGGAGAACAAGGUCAUCGCUAAUUUGUCUGAGCCAAUCAAGAUUGCCUUUCACCAUGAUGUCAUACCUAAAACACACUCCAGGAAAUGUGUUUCAUGGGACACCAGGAAAGAUCCGUUACAGGUCAGUUGGUUGACAGAUGGAUGUGAGACCAGACAGCAAGGAGAAGAACAUACUGAGUGCCUCUGCAACCAUCUGACUUAUUUCUCUGUACUAGUGCAACUGGAGCCUCGUCCAGUGUGCCACCUCCUGGCUUUGACCGCCAUUACAUCUGUGGGCUGUGCUGUGUCUGUGAUCAGCUGUGUAGCUCUCAUCAUUUUUCUCUGCAAGAAGAGAAGGCGAUCGAAUGAGCAGUCCAUCCCUGUCCACCUGGGUUUAGCUAUCUCCUUUGCCUUCCUCAAUCUGCUCUUCUUCUUUACGGGGGUCCUGGCCAACGUGGGAGGGGAGCGUGUGUGCGCUUGGGUGGCACCGUGCCUACACUACGCCACACUCAGCUCUUUAACCUGGAUGGGCAUAGAAGUCUUCCACACCUUCUGGUUGGUCCACAUGAUUUUCAGACCCUCCCCAAGGCCCUAUGUAUGGAGCCUGCUCGGUUUUGUUCUCCCUGCUGUUCCUGUUUUCCUCCUGGUUGCUGUUGGUGACAUUUAUGGAGUUAGAGAGCUGCAGCCAUGUGAUGACACAACCAAUCCUUAUCUGAUGUGCUGGAUGAAAGACACCCACAAGGCGUUGCUGGCCCACUACUUCACCAAUAUGAUAAUCCUGGUCCUCCUGGUGUUCUCGGGCAUUUUGAUGCUCUUCCUGGUCUAUAGGGAGAUCCGCACCAGGGAUGAAUGGAAGCAGAAUCGGGUGGCUUUUCUCAGCAUCUGGGGCCUCAGCUGCCUCUUUGGGACAACUUGGGGUCUGACCUUCCUGGACUAUGGACUGCUCUCUGAAUUCAUUCUCUUCCUCUCCUGCUUCCUCAACUCUUUUCAAGGCUUCCUGCUCAUGCUGCGGUUCUUCAUGCUGGACUGGAUACGAAAGCAAGGUGAUAGCUCCGCUUUGGGUAGCACCAGCACCGGAUCUACCAGACAACACAUGCUGCAGGCCCACGAGAAGAGUUAGACGAGAAAAUCAAAGCUGUAGCAGUCAACUUUUUAUGUACAAAAUACGGUCUUCUUAUCAAAGGGAAUGACAAAAUAGAGAAGAAUGCUCCCCCACUGACUCUGACACUGUAGAUUCAUUGUUUCCUGUUGAAAUCCUGCCAUGAAAUCCUGGUAAUUGCUGGUAAAUCCAAGUGACAGCCCACAACUGAAGAGCUAGGUCGUAAAGUAAUGCAAGCUCUCUGCCAAUCUGUCAUUCGCAGGGUAUCCUUUGAUACAACACACCACAGACCUGCUGGCUUGGUAAACCCAAACACACUGAGUGCAAUUCACUGUAUUGGAUUUUUAAAAGCUGACCUUCAGUGAGUUACACCUCUGUGUUGUUGAGACAGUAAUUCAGUAUUAAUGUCGAGGUAAUGAAAUGUUGGGUCAACAUGUCUACCAUGAGACAGUUUAUUAGCACAAGCUUAUUGGGUUACAUGAGCCUGAUCAUGCACUCAUGUGACUGAAAAUUAGUGCUUAUUAAUCAUUUCAUCGGGGGAAGAGUUCCCAGAGUCAGAUGCAUUUCUCAGUUAACUACUUUUCUUUAAUUAGAGCUACAGAUGGCACUCCCAAGUAUAUGAGUACAUUGACAAAAUCUAAUUAACAUUACGGUGGAAGUGCUUUAAUCAGCCCCAUCCACUUUGCAGUCAGCACAAUUUGGUUUUUCUUCUCUGGGAUAUUUGAGAAGAAAUUAUACCAUCACUCAGGAACUCGUAAUACAGGCCUGGAGCCUAUAUUUGCAGACAACCUAGACUGGGUCUAGUUAUAGAAGGGAAAGAAUAUAUUGUAAUUUGAAAUGAUGAGCUGGGGGUAAACUUUAAGCUUUAUUUCCAGGCAGGAAAACAUGGGGAACUUGAAUGAUUGCAGGUUACUGAGCUGUGAUUUCCACUCUCUCUUCUCUGUGUAAAAAAAUUAUUAUUGAACAUUUCUUGAACCUGCGAUAAGCUUUUUAUUUGUAAUUUUGUACUGUGUAAACAUUUGUUUUAUAGCUGAUUUUAAAUCUUUUAAUGUAGCACUUUAGAUGUUUUUCUUUUUUGGAAAUUAUUGACAGAACCUCAGUGCGUUGUUUUUUGUAUUGUUCUAAUGUGUGUAAUAGAAGAUAUUUCAUAUAAAGUAUGUAUGUGUUGUAAAAUAAUAGUUGAAUGUUUUAUAAUCAAUUCCAGAAUUACUCCAUAUUUUUUUUGGAUGACUGUAUUCAAACCUUCAGUCAAAUAUAUUAAUAUGAAAUAUAAUAAUUAUCUGGUCUUCAUCUUCAAAAUGAACCAAAUAUAUUAGUUCUUUAAACUGAACUAAACUUGAUUUGAACAUUUCUUUCAGAGUCCACAAGUGAGGUCUUAUUUGCUGUGAUAUUUGCACUUUUUUAUUUUCUAAAGUGAAAUUUUAUGUUGCUCAAAUUAUUUUGUAUAUUUGACUUUUUGUGGAUGUAUAAGUGCGUUAAUAAACUAUUGGCUGUGUGUCUAAA